GAGUUUGCAGGUGUAAAUAAUGAGGACCAGGAAGAGGAAUUCAUCAAUGGAAUCUGAUAGAGAGUGGUUAAGUUGCGAUAUGUCAGAAUCAAUAUUUGGUUGGCCCCUUCAGAAAGUAACUGUUCCUAUUGAGACUCGGGAAGCUUGUGAAAAGUCAGUUAAUGAUUCGAAGAGUUGGGAGGUUGAAGAUGAAUAUGCAUCACCUUUGUCAAGGAUCGGUUGGUCUCUCCGUGUUGCAAAUUCUGAAACCAUGAGUACUCCUGCUAGAAGUUUCGAAUCUAAAGAGAUGUCUGUAGUCGAGUGGGUGAUGGGACUUCCUAAUCGAACAACGUUUGUAAAUCUGCAGCUUGCUAAAGAAUUGAAGUUCCUCGUUAAGAAUGACUCACAAGGUUGCAGGAUGUUUAGCUUCGCCGAAAUUAGAACUGCAACAUCUCAGUUCUCCUCAGAGAAUCUUAUUGGCGAGGGAGGGUGCAGCAGUGUAUACAGAGGAGUUCUUCGAUGUGGGAAAUCUGUGGCAGUCAAGAUUCUGAAAGCAUACAAGGAAGCUUGGGAUGAUUUUUGCUUGGAAACCAAAUUUGUGUCUUCAAUCAAGCAUAAGCAUAUUGCAUCUCUCAUUGGUGUGUGUGUGGAAGAUGAGAAUCUUGUUUUAGUAUAUGAGCUCCUUCCUAGGGGGAGUUUGGAGGAGAACUUGCAUGAUUGUCAUGAUGGUUCUGUACUGCCAUGGGCAGUGAGAUUCAAGGUGGCAGCUGUAGUUGCGGAGGCUCUAAAUUAUCUACACAAUGAGUGCCCCCAUCCGAUUAUUCAUAGAGACGUAAAAUCUGCAAAUAUUCUUCUUUCAAGUGAUCUUCAGCCACAGUUAUCAGAUUUUGGGCUUGCCAUAUGGGGAUCAGUGGAUUCUAGUUAUGUAAUAAGUAAUGAUGUGGUGGGAACUUUCGGAUACAUGGCUCCAGAGUAUUUUAUGCAAGGGAGGGUCAGUGACAAGGUUGAUGUUUAUGCCUUUGGUGUGGUUCUCCUUGAACUUUUGUCAGGAAGAAAGCCAGUCGAUGUCGAGGCUCCAAAAGGACAAGAGAGCUUGAUCAAGUGGGCAAGAAAGCUACUAAAGAUUGGAGAUCUUACAGCAUUGCUGGAUCCCAAGCUAAAAGGGGACUAUGAUAUUGUCCAAAUGCGUCGCAUGUCGUCGGCAGCAAACCUUUGUACAAACCAGUCAGCUCACAUUCGUCCAAAUAUGAGGCAGGUACUGAAUCUCUUAAGAGGGGAGACAGAUGCCAAUGAGUCAGACUAUCAUGAAGCCGACGAUGAUAGUUUACUGGAAGCUGAUUCGAAUUCAGUGUCCGAAAUGUCCGAGACAAAGGAUGAUAGCAUUUCAUCAUCAAAUUCAAAGGAUGGUAGCAUUUCAUCAUCAAGUUCUACCGAUACAGCAUCCAGUGCAGGAAUAACUCCACGCUUUAAGUUGAGGGACUACUUAUCUAUACAUGACCAUCAUUUUUGAAUUUGGAUUUUUGAAUUUGGAUUUUUGAAUUUGGGAUGCUUCUAGGGUGGUGCAUAUUCUGAUUGCUUUGCUACCAGAUCAUUCUGUUGUAGAGUGAACAAAUUACGUUGUAUAUGAGGUAAUGAAAAGACACACAGGAGACUGUAGUGGAAC